GUGGCUUUCCAUUGGGCGCCAUGUGGGACCAAUCACAGCCCUUCUCUUGCGCCGGUUACGCUGCUUUUUCUUGUGUGGGGCCCACCAUAACAUGCAUCCAAUCACGUGUUAGACACGUGGUGGCUGAUCACCCGGCGCCCGUACUCUCUGUUAUGAUUAUCGCCAUCGGUUCGGUGCAGUCAAGAGAGAAAGAUAAAGAAAGUAGAGAGACAGAGAGUGGAGGGGAUAUGGAGGCCCUGGUAGGUGGUGGGAGGAUGGUUAGUGGCUGCUCUGUUGGGGAAGGUUUGUGCAUGGAAAGAUGCGCCGGAGGUGCGCAGGACAACGCGAUAAUCAACCGGAUAAUGCUGAGAUUCCGGCCGAUUGCGCCCAAGCCGGCCGCCGGCGGAUCUUCCUCCGGUGGGUCGACGUCGGAGAACCGGAACGUCGUGGUUGCGAGAGGAAGAGGGAAGAGAAAGUACGUUAGGGUUAGGAAAUAUAACCGGUGUAGGAGAAAGAAACGAACCGCUGAGGAAGAGAUAAGAGAUGGGUUGGAGAAGACGGUCCAGACGCUGCAACUGCUUCCGGAGAAAGCCGACGGGAGUGACUCGCCGGCUGGAGCGUCGUGGUGUAACCUCGAGCGCUCGGAGACAACAAAGCCGAUUCGAGAAACGCCACCCUUCUGGCUCACCUUCAACGGUGAGAACACGUGGUCUGCUCUUGAUCGGGGCGUGGUGAGGGAGGCGACGAUGAUCGUGGUGGAGUCGUGGGUGACGGUGGAAUGCGUGAGGAGCGCAUGCAUGGAAGGAGGGGGGCUGGGGGGUACGGACUUGGAGAGAAGAAAGAAUCUGGAGAGGGACACCUGUCCGGGGCUGAUAUCGGACGGUCUAAACAAAGUGGAGUGGGUGAACGACGCGUACAAGAGGAUGGUGAGCCAGGAGAUUAGCAACGGGCGGUGGCCGGAGUGUUGGGUAUGGUUGGUGGCGAAGGAGAAGCUGCCGUACAUGUACCCGGCGUUUACGUGCAGAGUGAGGCUACAGUACACGUUUGGGAAGGAGAAGCACUCGCAGACGGUGCCGUGCGACGCCUGGAGAAUGGACCGUGGAGGCUUUGCAUGGAGGCUCGACAUCAAAGCUGCGUUGAGUUUAGGUCGCUGAAGGGGGUUUCAGAAAGCAGACGGAAAGCUGAGCGCUACAACAGUAAUAUCAGGGUAUGUCAGAACAUUCCCACCUCAAAAACAUGAAAUUUGGAACACUACGACUGCCAAAUGUUGAAGACUAUGUAGGUAAAACAAAGAUAUCCGCGUUGAAGAGGAUAGUUAAUACGCAAGGGUAGGAAAGCCAAGCGCCACACGGCAGCACGUUAUCCAGAUGAAAGACAUCCUAUCCUACAUGCCUAUGCAAGUCAAAUGUCAAUCGUGUCCAUCACUAUAUGUCAUGUACAUAUAUGUAUGGUGACAUGCCCUAUGGGUCUAUUUUGCCUCUUUUUGGGCGAGCACGAUGCCACAAUCAGCCGUCUGAGUUUUAACUUUUAACAUCAACCUUUUUCACCAUCUGCUGUUUGAGCUUGAUGGGUCUGCGUCAAAUCCUUCUUUGUCGCAUGCAUUAUGGGGGAAGAGAUGUAUAUAAAGGAAAAAUGCUACCUUAACUAACAACCUCAAUCUAUCCCGGCCAUGUCAAAAAAUAAGACACAGGUAUAUGGUAGAAGGUGUACAUGUGAUGUCUUUUGGAUAUCUAUCGCAGAGGUUGGGUGCUAUAGUAGUGAAUAAAGUAAAAUUUCAAAUAGGAAUCCCCCCAUUCCCUAAGUUAUUGGAUGUCUCAAUCUAAACUCUACUGCAACCCUCUGUAACUGACUGAAUAAGGCCUUGAUAUUUAUUUUCCUUUAAUUUUUUCUUUUCUUCUCCUUCUCCGUUUCCUUUUUUUUUUACCUGUACAUUUCUCUUCAAAUUUCGUAAGAACCAAACAUUGUUAUAACUGGCAGCUUCCAUAGAAAAUUUCUUCCCUCCUUCCUUCAUGAGCACAUACCCAUUCAUUCACAAACCACAUGUAAUCUGAAGGCAUUAACAGUUGAGUAAUUUUAGUUAUUCCUUCAGAUUAAUAAGGGACCGGCACGAAUACAAAUACGUCAGAAAACUUUCUUGGGAGUGUUAAGCUUAAAAUGAAAUGCGCUUUGCUGAUCAUUCACAUGUUAUUUGUCUCAGCUUUUUAUUUUCUUUAAUUAAUUUGAGUAUGCUGUUCCAUUCCUGGCAUGCUAACAUAUAUUUUGGUAAUGAGGUUUCCUCUGCAAGGUUUCAAGAGGGAUGGGUGUAGCUAGGGGGAGAGGGUCCAACAUGUAAGCAUGUUGAAAUCCUUGGUAAUUUAGUAAUUGAAGGCAAGCAGCGAGGAGUAAAGAAGCUCAGACCAACGCUUGAACCCAGGUUUGUGAUAAGAAAUUUCACCAGCUGGGAUAGUAAUGACUUCAAUAAUAGAGUUGGAUUAAAGGUGUGGAGUACUGAAGGGGGCUGAGGAUGCGCCCAAGAGGCCGAAAUGAUGGGUGGGCCAUGUUAACCAAACUGUAAGUAGUAUUACGAUGUACCUGGAUUGGAGUAUGUAAAAAUCAAUGUGACAAUGUACUGUGUAAUUCUCUCUUACUGGGAACUAUUGACAGUGGGGCA